GGUAAGGGCUGGGUGAUGCCUGGGUAGGACACUUUGUCACCUUGCUAAUUAGGGUUCCUGGGACUCCUCCCCAAGGCGGGGACCAGGCCCCCUCCCUCCUAUAGAAAUAACUCCGGCUGCUCCCCAGCCAGGCAGUCACUGCACCUUCCUGCCACCCCGGGGGGCAGUGUCUGGGCCCUCAGUUCCCCCUCCCUCCACCUGUCUGCACACACCACCACCGGCCCCACUGCCACCGGAGCCAGGGAUACCCAGCCCAGGCGGAGGAAACAUCGAGCCUAGAGACAUGGGAGUUCGAGGAGCUUUCCACCUUCUGCUCGUGUGCCUGAGCCCAGCACUGCUGUCCGCUGUGCGGAUCAAUGGGGAUGGCCAGGAGGUCCUGUACCUGGCGGAAGGUGAUAAUGUGAGACUGGGCUGCCCCUACAUCCUGGACCCUGAGGACUAUGGUCCUAAUGGGCUGGACAUUGAGUGGAUGCAGGUCAACUCGGACCCCUCACAUAGGGAGAAUGUGUUUCUCAGUUACCAGGACAAGAGGAUCAACCAUGGCAACCUCCCCCAUCUGCAGCAGAGGGUCCGCUUUGCAGCCUCAGACCCCAGUCAGUAUGAUGCCUCCAUCACCCUCACGAACCUGCAGGUAUCCGACACUGCCACCUAUGAGUGCCGGGUGAAGAAGACCACCAUGGCCACCCGGAGGGUCAUUGUCACCGUCCAAGCACGGCCAGCAGUGCCCUUGUGCUGGUCUGAGGGUCACAUGACAUCCGGCAACGAUGUGGUGCUGAAGUGCUUUGCCAAUGGGGGCAGCCCGCCUCUCUCCUACAGGUGGGCCAAGAUCAGCGGGCACACACACCCCUACCGGGCUGGGUCCUACCACUCCCAGCACAGCUUCCACUCUGAGCUCUCCUACCAGGAGUCCUUCCACAGCUCCAUAAAUCAAGUUUCAGGCUUGAAUAACGGCGACCUGGUGUUGAAGGACAUCUCCCACAAGGAUAAUGGGCUGUAUCAGUGCACCGUGGCCAACCACGUGGGCUACAGCGUGUGUGUGGUGGAAGUGAAGGUCUCAGACACCCGGCGCAUCGGAAUCAUUAUCGGCGCAGUGCUGGGCUCUUUGCUCAUACUAGCCUGCCUCCUGGUGGGCAUCGCGGGGCUCAUCUGCUGCUGCUGCGGGGGCUCCGGGGCUGGCGGCUCCGGCGGUGCCUUUGGCAACGGCAUCGGCCUCGGGGUCCGCGGCGGGGCCUGCGGCGACUUGGCUAAUGAGAUCAGAGAGGACGCCGUAGCGCCCGGGUGGAAGGCCAGCGGGCGCGGCAGCCGCGUCACCCAGCUCCUGGGGUACCCGACGCAGAACGUCAGCCGCUCCCAGCGCCGCAAGUACACGCCUCCGCCCUGCGGCGGCCCCGAGGACGUGGCCCUGGAGCCCCGCACCGCCGCCGCUUGCGAAGCGGGCCCCUCCCCGGUGUACGUCAAGGUCAAGAGCGCCGAGCCCACCGACAGCGCCGCCGAGGGGCCGCUGCCGGGCGAGGACGGCCUCCUGGUGUGACCACGCGGCGCCGGGCUGCGCCCCGGCCGGGAGGAGGAUGCGGGGCUCUCCGCUCGCAGCUGGGGACGCGCUCGGGCCGGCGCCGACCUCGCCUGCCCCAGGCCGCCCUGCGGCCGGGGGCUGGAGGCGUUUCCCUCGAGAACUGAGUGGGGAGGCUGAGCCUCCCUCCGAUCCCCCAAAGUGGGAGGGGGCGGGCGAGGGCAGAGAAAGGCCAUCCCGGGCCCUCUCCGCAGCCCUGGGCCCUGAGGCUCCGGGAGAAGGAGGGGUGAGGCCGUCUCUGAGAGCGGUUGAGGCUGAAGGCCCUGUGUCCCCAGCCAAGGCAGAGAGCCCCGGGGGCGGCCGGGUGGGUGGGGGUCUGGACUGAAUUGCUGUGUGUGUGAGAUCUGAGCUCUGAGGCGGCUGUGUUAGCACAAUAAAG